ACCAGUAUUUGUAAGAGAGCUAAAAAUCCAGACAGAAAUUCAGACAGAGGCUGGUGUGCAGGAACAAACACUUGUUUUUCUUUUUCUUUUUUAAAUGGCAAAAGUGUCAGUUCUUUAAUGAAAACAUAGGGUAAAAGAGUUUAUAAAAACAGCAUUUUACAGCUGAAAAAGGGUUUAAUUGAAGAAAGAAAGUGAAGUGGAAACAUUCAGUGCAGUGAUCGCCAUGAACUCCAGAAAGCCAAAACUUCCACCACGCAGACCAACAUUGAUUUGGCAAGGAUCUCCAAAGCGAUUCCGUCUAGACACAGAGAGAGUAGUGCUUGAUGAUAACGGGAAAGUUCGAAAAUGGACUUACGGUACAAAAGACGCCAGUAAACAAAACAAAAUCAUUCUGCUGGUGGGAGAGACCGGUGCUGGUAAAACGACUCUCAUCAACACCAUGGUCAACUACUUAAUGGGAGUGAAGUUUGAGGAUGAAAUAUGGAAUGAAAUCACAGAAGAAGAAGGUGGAAAUCAAACAGAAUCCCAAACCUCUGAAAUCACCAUGUAUGAGGUGUUUCAUGUGAAGAGCUCCAUUUCUCUCACCAUCAUUGAUACUCCAGGUUACGGAGACACUAGAGGACUGGAGAAAGAUCUGGAAGUUGCAGAGAAUUUAUCUGCUUUGUUCCAGAGCAGUGAUGGAGUUCGAGAAGUCGAUGCUGUGUGUUUUGUGAUUCAAGCAUCAAAGAAUCGUCUCUCAGACAGACAACAUUACAUUAUCAGCUCAAUUCUGUCUCUGUUUGGGAAAGACAUUGUGAACAACAUCGUGUUUUUAAUCACACACUCUGAUGGUCUUCCUCCUAAAAAUGUCCUCGGUGCCAUUAAUAAAGCUAAAAUCCCCUGCAGACGAGACAAAAAUGGUGAACCUGUUCAUUUCCUGUUCAACAAUCGUCAGGCUGAAGCUCGUCAAACUAAAGAACGUUACAUUCAGGCCCAAAAAGAUGCCUGGGAGGACAGUAUGAAUGGUGUGAAGUACCUACUUGAAUCUCUAGAAGAAAAGAACAGAAGAAGUUUAGAGUUGACUUCAGAUGUCCUGAUUGAGCGCAUUCAGUUAGAAGCAUCUAUUUGCAACUUGCAGCUGAGAAUCCAAGAGAAGGAGCUGAAAAAGGCAGAGAAAAUUCAGAUUCAAGAAGCAAUGACAAAAAACAAGGAAAAGAUUGAACAGUGUAAAAACUUCAACAUUAAUGUAAGAAAGACAGUCAAAACAAAGGUGCUCAUUGACAAUGCGUCAUGGAAAAACAGAAAGGCGACGACCUGCACGGUCUGUGAGGAGAACUGCCAUGAGUUUGACUGCUGGUGGGUUUCUGGUCCCAAGAAAUGUGAAGUCAUGAGAAAUGGAUACUGCACAGUGUGCACAGGGAAGUGCCACUACACUAAACACGUCAAGGAGAACAAGAAAUACGUCUUCAGAACCUCAAGCAUCAUGAUCGAGUUUGAUAUGAUAAAAAAAGAAUAUGAAAAAGCCCAAAAACAAACCAAGACAUAUUUGAGUUUAAUGCAAGAUCUGGACAACGAGCUGAAGGAGAUUGACGACCAAAAGGCAGUGUUUCUGUUCAAUGCCUACAAAACCAUCAAGCAUCUGUCUCAGAUCGCUCUAAAACCCGACUCCGCCUUCACCCUCCAGCAUCUGGACUUCUUCAUUCCCAGAGUGAGGGAGGCUGGGAAAGAAGACUGGGUUCGAGAUCUGGAGGAGAUGCGGAGAAUCGCAGUGGCUGAAGAAGCCAAUAAAGACGCUCUGAGUUACCUGAAAGCUGGACUGGCUAAACUCUUCCUUGCAGGCAAAUGACUGAGUCUAAUCCAAAUAAAACAGUGAACAUGAAGACUGCAAUGAGUAAAAAUAAAAAUAUAAAAACAAAAUAAUUAUGAUUUAGGCUUUGACAAUUGACAAAUUCCUAAAAUGAGUUUGUUUGAAACACUAGUUAAGCUUGGGAAUUAAACAAAUGUAUAGCAUUUUCUUAUUUAGAAUGAUUUAUGUGCCUGCAGAAUGUUAAAGUUCCUCUUUGUGAAGGAUUAUAUCAAAGAUUAUAGAAUACACAAGAUGUUUCACUCCUAUAGUUUUGAAUGGGGAUCAUGUAAUGGCCAAUAUGGCUGCUCCAGUAAAGAAAGCCAAGCCCGUUAGUAAAGUAGCCAAUCAUUGAUCACUAUAAACUGAUUAUUCUCUGGGGGAGGGGCUUGGUAAAGAUGUGUUUGUAUGAUAGUUUUUGCAGAUUCAUUGUUAUGUAACCUAUGUAUAAAAAGCUUAAAAUGCUUUAA